GCUUUUCUCCGGAGACGGAGAUCAAGGUAUCUUCUCACUCGCAAAAACCAUGCGGGUAGCAAUCUAGGCGAAAAGCCUCAAAAUGGAGACUUCCGUUAUAGAUGUGGCCCACUCCGGCCGUGCAGGACAACAGGAUGCACCAGAAUGGCAAGACACGCGGGAGGAGCAGCAUUAUCCAUCUCCGUACAGCCCCAGUGACAACGAGCAGCUGCCAUACGACGUGCCCCUCCCCAUGGGGCUGAUUCAAGAUCACCCAGAGCCACUGCUCAUCGACAGGAGGCUGAUCUCGGGCACAACGCACCAGGCUUCCGGCAAGCAGAGCCAGAACAGCGCAGCAGCAGACAGCAGCGGCUAUGAUGCCUCCAGCAGAAGGGGCGACGUGUGUGACAGCGAAGACAGCAGCGGUGCUAUGCCGGUGUGCAAUGCAGAGCCCAUGACACGGGAGGAGGCGGAUGCCUUUGACAAGGGAUCCAUGGGCUCAUGCUUUCUGGAGUUUGGCGCUUUUGGGAUGUCCCACAUGUCGAAGGGAGGCGCCAGCGACAGCAAUCUUCGGACAGCCGCCUCUCAGAGCGUUGCCGAGGCACUCCACAGGUUCCAGGCCAAAGGCGUCUUGUCAAGGCCGAGCAUGGAGGAAGGCAGGGAGGUGCAGCCGUCAGAUGGCAGCACGGACGGCGACCCGGGCUCGAACAGGAGCAGCUUUGACUCAGUGCCCGCGGCAGCGAGCAGCAGACUCUACAACAGCACAGCUUGGGAGGAUUGCAGCAAUGCCACACAGGCGCCGACCACCCAGCCAGCAACGGGUGGGCCACCCCCCGCAGUGAAGGCCCAGCAGCUUCAAGGAAGGCCUCCGCAGGCAACCGCCCAAGCAGCUGUUCAGGGCAGUGCCCCGAGCAACGCCAGGGCUGCGCACCAAGCGCUGGGCCUGGGGCUGCCCGACAAGCGCCCGCAGCUGACCCCCCUGACACCGCAGGAGGUCAUGCAGGCAAACCUGCGGCAGGGAGGACUCGAGCAAGGAAAGCAGCAGCAGCAGCAGAGGCGGGGCACGACGCCGGUGCUGCAGCAGUCGCACAUGCAGCUGAGCCUCGGCAUGGGCUUGGGCCUCACGCUGGACUUGGGCUCCUGGCACUAUGGCAUGGCGCCCGGCGGCGACGCCGCGGCCGGCCAGAAUGGCGGUGCAGUCAUCCCACGGGUCACUGCCGCCACUCACCGCCGGCGCGCUGGUGCCCCAGUCGAAGAGUUUGCAUCUGAGCAGGCGGCAGCAAAGCAGUCACAUAAUGACCCGCCAACCUGGCCAGCGCAGACCGGCGUGGCGGCUGUGUCGGUGCAGAAUGUGUGCAACAACCACCUGGGGACCGCCCUUACAGCUCCUGAUCUCAUCGCCCCCGCACCAAAGGGGCGGGCAGCACAGGAUGCAGCAAAUGCAGAGUUUGCACAGCGUUUUGCUGCGGCUGUGAAGCAGGAGGCGCUGCAGGGCCGCGAGGGCGGCGCGCUGCAGAGGCACUUCGAUGACGUGCACACAGCCGUGGCGGGUUUCAACAUGAGGAACGCUGCUCGCCUGCCUUGCAAAACCGGAGGUCAAGAGUUGAGCGUGCGGCACGAGAGCCUGGAGAGAUACCGGGACAAGAAGCGCCGCCGCGUCUUCUCCAACACCAAGACCAUCCGCUACGAGAAGCGCAAGGAAAGGGAUAUAUUACUAAUAAUAAAUGUUGUUGUGCGCAGGCCGCGCGUCAAGGGCCGCUUUGUGAAGCAGAUGGAAACGGACGGGCCCUUGGACAUGAUCGACGAGCACUGCCAAGCGCUGCCGGCACCGGACACCGACAUGGAGCAUGCCUCUGACGCAGAAUGCAGUGGGGAUGACGAGGGACCCCUCAAUUUGAAAGUGCAUGGAGAGAUGCAUGCCUCUCACAUGGACAUACACCUCAUUUGA